GCUCAACUACAUACGUUCUAAAGAAACAUAUUCAAGACAAAAUGGUCAAGACACUCCCCUUUGGUGACAUCCAAGUCCCAUCACCGGGCUUCGGUGCAAUGGGUCUCAGCUUUGGCUUGGGCAGCAACCUGAGCCUGGAACAGGCCGAACCAGUGCUCUUGAAGGCGAUUGAACUGGGAUGCACAUUCUGGGAUACUGCGGUCGUCUAUCAAGCGGGUGUGAAUGAGAAGCUUCUCGGAGACUUUAUCAGAAAGCACAACGUUCGCGACAAGGUUUUUAUUGCUUCGAAAUGUGGUUUCAGUUGUAUGGAGGGCAGCUCCUCCGUCACCAACUCCGCUGAACAUAUCAAAAAGUACAUUGAUGGUACUAUUGAGAGACUCGGCUUCACUCCUGACCUCUACUAUCUGCACCGCAUUGACCCUAACACCCCUCUAACCGAGUCUAUCCCCGCUCUCGAUGAGAUCCGCAAGGCAGGAAAGACCAAGUACAUCGGUCUGUCCGAGUGCUCGGCUAAGACUCUUCGCACCGCCAAUUCCAUUGCCAAAAUCGACGCCGUCCAGGCCGAGUACUCUGCCUUUGAGACUCUCCACGAGACAGACAGUCUCAUUGAUACGUGCAAAGAGCUGGGCGUGGCAUACGUCGCCUACAGUCCCCUCGGCCACGGCUGGCUGGUCGAUGACUUCCCAUACCAAACCCCCGAUGACUUUGCACCGGAUGAUUUCCGGCGAACGGUCCCCAAAUUCCAAGGGGAAAACUUCUACAAGAACCGCGCUAUCGUCGAAGAAAUCAAGAAGCUUGCUUCGAAGAAAGGUUGCACAAUCAGCCAGAUCGCGCUCGCGUGGGUUGCUGCUCAAGGGAUGAUUGCCAUUCCUGGCACGACCAAGGCGCACCGUCUCGAGCAGAACUGGGCGUCUCGGGAGGUUGAAUUAACCGAGGAGGAGAAGCAGGAUAUGCGCAGGAUUAUUGAUGCUGCGAAGCCGCAAGGGAACAGAUAUGGUCCUGCCAACCAGGCGCUGGUUGGUCAUUAAGUGCGAG